GGACACGUGUGUGUUUGGAGUGUCUCACCAACUCUGGGAAUCUGUUUUUUGGAUUUCUCUUGUUUUUUAUUUCUGCCUGGCAUUGUAGCGAUAUUAACACGCAGCGGAAAAUGCCGAAAGUGAGAGCGGAGAAGAAGAGCAGGCAGCACCAGGAGGUGAAAAACCAGGGGAUCAUGUUCAACACUGGCAUCGGCCAGCACAUCCUGAAGAACCCCUUAGUCGUGAAUGGGAUCAUUGAGAAGGCUGCUCUGAGGCCGACAGACGUGGUUCUGGAGGUGGGGCCUGGAACUGGUAACAUGACGGUUAAACUGCUGGAGAAAGCCAAGAAGGUGGUGGCCUGUGAGUUAGACUGCAGACUGGUGGCCGAGCUUCAGAAGAGAGUCCAGUGCACACCUCUGCAAACCAAACUCCAGGUGUUGAUCGGAGACGUUUUAAAAACAGACCUGCCUUUCUUCGACGUCUGUGUGGCGAAUUUACCGUAUCAGAUUUCCUCUCCGUUUGUCUUCAAGCUCCUCCUGCAUCGACCUUUCUUCAGAUGUGCUGUGCUGAUGUUCCAGAGAGAGUUUGCUAUGAGACUGGUGGCCAAACCGGGAGACAAGCUGUACUGCAGACUGUCCAUCAACACGCAGCUGCUGGCUCGUGUCGACCACCUCAUGAAGGUGGGGAAGAAUAAUUUCCGCCCUCCUCCGAAAGUGGAGUCCAGCGUUGUCAGGAUCGAGCCGAAGAACCCCCCUCCUCCCGUUAACUUCCAGGAGUGGGACGGUUUGGUCCGAGUCGCGUUUGUGAGGAAAAACAAGACGCUCAGUGCAGCUUUCAAGUCGACAGCAGUGGAGCAGCUGCUGGAGAAAAACUACAGAAUCCACUGUUCUUUACACAAUGUGGAAGUCCCGGCUGACUUCAGCAUCUCCAAGAAGAUCGAGAGCGUGCUGCAGGAGUCGGACUUCAGCGAGAAGAGAGCCAGGUCCAUGGAUAUCGACGACUUCAUGGUACUGCUGCACGCUUUCAACUCAGCAGGAAUCCACUUCUCUUAAUUCCAAGAUGGAGCUGAAACGACUUUCCUGGACAGUGGGUGUCAUAAACAAGGAGGGUUGGAUACAUCAACAACUCAUAUUGAGUGUUAUUUGGAGGCAGUGGAAGCAUAUUGAAUGGAACUGGACACAAACAAUACAGCUGUUGAAUGAUUAUUGGUCUUCAAACUGUUUUUGUGUGUGUGUAUCGUUAGACUAUCAUCUAAACCAUUCAGAAGUUUGAUAAACCACAUUUGGCUGCUGCUUCAUGAUUUCUGCAGCAGAGGAGUUGAAAAUAAACCUAGUAGUGUGUCAGAAAAUUGUUUCAGGUGAACCCCUUUCUCUCACCACUGAAUGACUGGUUUUUGAGAAUAUGAUAAAGGAUUUUCAUCUUCUGUCCGCAGCUGCUCUGGUUUGAAAACAGUCUUUGUUCACUUCAGUCUGGAAAAGCUUGAGCUGUUUAAAGAAGAGAACUGUCAGCAGCCUCAGAUUAGGCUGUAUUCUGGGACUUGCACGGUUCUGAAUUAAAAUAUUU